CGAGACCCUGCGGGCCCUCCCCUCGGCCUCCGGGCGCACGCCCCCGCCUCGUCUCCUGCGCCUCCUCCGCGCUCCUGCCCGCUUCGGCUCGGCGGCCCAGGCCAGCCCCGAGACGCGCGGCGCCCGCCAGGAUGAGUGGCUCCUUCGAUCGCAAGCUCAGCAGCAUCCUCACCGACAUCUCCAGCUCGCUGGGCUGCCAUGCGGGCUCCAAGGACUCGCCCACCCUGCCCGAGUCUUCUGUCACCGAUCUGGGCUACUACAGCGCUCCCCAGCACGACUACUACUCGGGCCAGCCCUACGGCCAGACCGUGAACCCCUACACCUACCAUCACCAGUUCAAUCUCAACGGGCUUGCGGGCACCGGCGCUUACUCGCCCAAGUCGGAAUAUACCUACGGAGCCUCCUACCGGCAGUACGGGGCGUACCGGGAGCAGCCGCUGCCCGCCCAGGAUCCAGGUGAGAGCUUCGAGGGUUCCCCUAGGGAGAGGAAGGCGGGGGAGCCACCCAGGCGCCCCCCUCACUGUGUUCUAUCCCAGAUAGAAGAAAGAUGCUGGCCCUGGGUCAGACACCUGGGUUUUGCCUGGAUCUUGUGUGUAACGUGGGGUGCUGGACUUGUCUUCUCUAGGCUGGGUCUCCUUGGGGUUUUCACUAAGCAUCCUGAGAGGCUAACUCACUCCCCCUUUGCUGCACGCCCUCCCACGCAGGUGAAGAUUUGGUUCCAGAACCGCCGCUCCAAAUUCAAGAAGCUCUACAAGAACGGGGAGGUGCCCCUGGAGCAUAGCCCCAACAACAGUGAUUCCAUGGCCUGCAACUCACCGCCGUCCCCCGCCCUCUGGGACACCUCCUCCCACUCCACUCCGGCCCCUGCCCGAAGUCAGCUGCCCCCGCCACUCCCGUACAGCGCCUCCCCGAGCUAUCUGGACGACCCCACCAACUCCUGGUACCACGCACAGAACCUGAGUGGACCCCACUUACAGCAGCAGCCGCCUCAGCCGGCCGCCCUGCAUCACGCCUCUCCCGGGCCCCCGCCCAACCCUGGGGCUGUGUACUGAGCCCCCACCUGGCCUGAGCCUCCCACGAAGGACCCGGGACCAGGCAGAAGGCGUCUCCGUCCUAGCCGACACUCAGGAAUCAUCGAGGAGCACAGGGGGGACAAGGCACCUCUUUCCCCCUUCCCUUGCCCCUUCCUCCAGGGACCCAAGAGCUUCCAGAUGAAAUUUGCAUGGACCAAGGAUGUCCCCUGAACCUCCCUCCCCCUGCCUAGGCACUGGGGUCUCCCUCCAGAUGUUGGGGCACUCCACUCCAGCUGGGACAGCCGUUCCCCUCCUGCUCCAGGAGCCUGGAUUGGCUUUCAAUGGCCCAUCGCCUUCCAGCUUCUAAAACUUAGUGCUCGUUCCACAGACUGGAGACCUUGGGGACCAGGGAGACCGCGAAGCUUUUGCAAGUCAGGCCUGGGCCGGGGCACCAGGCACCAUGGAUGCCAGGUCAGGCCUGGUCCCUCCUAAGCCACCUGUGGCUCCCCACUUCCUGAGCAUCCGCUCUGCCAAAAAGACAUUGGACAUCGUGACCAGGACUCAGGGUGGGGACGUCAGGCAGCCCCCAACCCGCACUUCUAACCCUCAUUUCAGAUUUGAGGGUUAAACCAAAGAACCCCCCUGCCCCCGCCAAGUGAGGGAAUCGUUUAAUAUCUGUGGCUUUAGAGGGAAGAACUCAAGGAGCCAUCUCUCUCCUCUCUCCCCCUCUGAUGGGAGAGGGGCGGUGGGUCUCAGGUGUCUUUCCUAAGGACCCAUUUCUUCUUUCGUGUACAGGACUUUGCACAACUUUGGUUUUAAAAGCUGUUGAAAACUAGGAAAACAAAGGGCAUUGUUACCAGAUAGGACCAGUCUCCCCUGCAUGGGCACCUCUGCUCUGCUCCACCCCCACCCACCUCUUCCUCUCCUCCAGUAAGUUGGCAGUUUGGGCGCCAAACCCCAAAUCUCCAAGGAAACAUGCCAGGCAAGAGAAACCCCAAAACAUCCCCUUUCCAGUGACUUUGGAAACAGAUUGCUCCCGCAGAUGGAGAAUGGCGGGUGAGGUGCACGGGGAGAGGGGAGGGCGACAGCUCCUUGCCUUUAGUGCCUUUAGGGGUGAGGGGGUGGCUGUCUGGAGGGCUGGUAGCGCCGCCCCUCCUUGGCCCAGAUUCCCCCCAGAGCUAACCUUCCUCCACCCUGAUGUGGUCAAACAUUGAAGAAAAGGGGAGGUGGAAGACUAGCUAUAUAUAUAGUAUGUAUUUUUUUUUUAAAGAGCAACAGAGAGAAGCAGCCUCCUCCCUACUGUGGUUUCCUAUUUAUGUGGCCCUUUCCUCCUGGAUGUACCUGCCUGUGCGUUGUGAGCAGAGAGAAACGGGGAUGUGGGCUCCGGCUGGGUUUGGGUUUGGUGGGAUGUGCGGGAGCAAGGAGAGACGAGGUAGAUCUCAGAGUCGCACCCGAGGGGGGCAGGAACGAAGCCGACUCCUCCCAGCCUUCUCAUUUCUGCUUUCUUACUGGAUCCAUCUUUAUAUAUAACGUUAAUAAAAAAGAAGA